AUGGCGCCGUCUUACAACAACGGCCGUCGAGGCCCUAAUGUUUCGCAGUAUCUGCGUGACCUCAACACCAUCGAGGCCAAGGGUGCCCGCGAGGAGGAGUUCCGUUUCGAGGACGACCUCGCCAUGUUCACCAACACGCAGUUCUUCGACUUCGAGACGGGUCAGAACACUGACUACCAGGCCCAGCCUUCGAAGCCCGAAUCGGAGGUGCCCUCAAGCGCCGUCACCACUGUUGGUGAUGACCUCACAUCACCCCUCGGCGACCUCUCAAACCUUGACUUUAUGGCAACUGGCGAUUUUAACUUCGACAACUUCAACACGUACCAUGGCCCGGGCGUCCCGUCCUUCCACGAGGGCCUGGGCAACCUCCAGCCUCUGCAACCCAACCCCCAGCAGCACUACGCCCCGCCGCCAAUGCCCCAGCAGCAGAACGCGUAUGUUUCCCCGCCUACGCCGGGCGCCGGUGAUAGCAGGAAGGGAAGCGUUGUGUUGAACCCCGUGAACAGACCCAUCCAGGGCUUUGAGGAGCACUCCCGCGUUGCCGCCGAGGAGGACAAGCGCAGGCGUAACACGGCCGCCAGUGCCCGCUUCCGCAUCAAGAAGAAGCAGCGCGAGCAAGCCCUCGAGAAGAGCGCUAAAGACAUGUCCGAUAAGGUAUCCGCCCUGGAGAGUCGCAUCAACCUCCUCGAGACGGAGAACCGAUGGCUCAAGAAUCUUGUGAUGGAGAAGAACGACGGCAACGAAGAGAUCACCGCCAUGUUCAAGGAGUUCGACAGCAAGCACAAGGCCAGCAAGGCCUCCACCGCGUCAUCGCGCUCUUCCGACGUGAAGGACGAAGACUAG